GUCCUGUGGCAGUGAUCAGCGGAGAGGAGGAUUCAGCCAGUCCCCUCCACCACAUCAACCACGGCAUCACGACACCCUCAUCCCUGGACGCUGGCCCGGACACAGUGGUGAUUGGCAUGACCCGCAUUCCCGUCAUCGAGAACCCCCAGUACUUCCGACAAGGUCACAACUGCCACAAGCCAGACACGUAUGUCCAGCAUAUUAAGAGGAGAGACAUCGUUUUGAAGAGGGAGCUGGGAGAAGGUGCCUUUGGGAAGGUGUUCUUGGCCGAGUGUUACAACCUCAGCCCCACCAACGACAAAAUGCUGGUGGCAGUGAAGGCGCUGAAAGACCCCACCUUGGCAGCCCGCAAGGAUUUCCAGAGGGAGGCAGAGCUGCUCACCAACCUGCAACACGAGCACAUCGUCAAGUUUUACGGCGUGUGUGGUGAUGGUGACCCACUCAUCAUGGUCUUCGAGUACAUGAAGCACGGUGACCUGAAUAAGUUCCUGAGGGCACAUGGCCCAGAUGCUAUGAUCCUCGUGGAUGGGCAGCCUCGACAAGCCAAAGGGGAGCUAGGGCUAUCCCAGAUGCUCCACAUCGCUAGCCAGAUCGCGUCUGGAAUGGUGUACCUUGCCUCCCAGCACUUUGUCCAUAGAGACCUGGCCACCAGGAACUGCUUGGUCGGAGCCAACCUGCUGGUGAAGAUUGGAGACUUUGGGAUGUCAAGAGAUGUCUACAGCACUGAUUACUACAGGGUUGGAGGACACACCAUGCUGCCUAUCCGCUGGAUGCCUCCGGAGAGCAUCAUGUACAGGAAGUUCACAACAGAGAGCGACGUCUGGAGCUUCGGGGUGAUCCUCUGGGAGAUCUUCACAUAUGGGAAGCAGCCCUGGUUUCAGCUCUCAAACACAGAGGUCAUUGAGUGCAUUACCCAAGGCCGAGUUUUGGAAAGGCCUCGAGUCUGCCCCAAGGAGGUUUACGACAUCAUGUUGGGCUGCUGGCAGAGAGAACCUCAGCAACGGCUCAACAUCAAGGAGAUCUACAAGAUCCUUCAUGCUCUGGGCAAGGCCACACCAAUCUACCUGGACAUCCUUGGCUAGCAGUGGCCACUUGUCAAAAUUCCCUGCUCCUUCCUUCUGCCCUUCCUUCCCUCUCCCCCUCCCAAGUCCUUCGCCCCUCAGCUCCCAGACAAACAUCUUCAUAUAAACUCAAGUGCCUGCUACACAUACAACACUGAAAAAAAAUGAAACAAAAAGCAAAACAAGAAAUCCCACAAAACAACAACAACCUGUAAGGCAGUUUGGCUUAUAUAUAUUUAUAGAUAUCUCUCUAUAUAUAACUUCUACACCAAUACAGAAAGAAGCUGCUGUUACAGAAAAUUACAAGACUUUAAAAAAAGAAAAGAAACAAAAAAGGGAGAAAAAAAGUACUUAAAAAGAUAUAUAUAAUU